AUGUCAGGCUCCGGCAGCGGGAAGCUGGACCCGGGGCUCAUCAUGGAGCAGGUGAAGGUGCAGAUUGCCGUGGCCAACGCGCAGGAGCUGCUGCAGAGAAUGACGGACAAGUGUUUCCGGAAGUGCAUCGGGAAGCCAGGUGGCUCCCUGGACAACUCUGAACAGAAGUGUAUCGCCAUGUGCCUGGACCGCUACAUGGACGCCUGGAACACCGUGUCCCGUGCCUACAAUUCUCGGCUGCAGCGGGAGCGGGCCAACAUCUGAGUGGGAGACCGUGCUACCGCGGGGCCUCUCCCACCUCACUGCGUUUAAGUGGACGUGCCUGGCGGGGCGGGGCCCACGCGCACGUACUGUCUGCCCGUGGUGGCACCAUGGGGGUGGAACCGCUGCAGCUGCUGGGACAGAUGGGACUGUGUCCUCCUACCCACCCACCCACCCCGGCCUCUGCCAGCGAGUGCAGUCUGGGUCUUGAGGCGUCUGUGCCUUUCCAAAGUACUGGCCGCCUGGUGACACCUCCUUCAGACCUGAUGGGCCCAGGUCAGUCUCAUGUCCUAGGCAGACCUUGUUUGGACCUUGGAGUGGGGAGUGGUCAGACCGUACUUGAGCUGUGACCUCC